GUAAGAUUCUAUGAGAAAUGCGCCGAUGAGAGUACGUAGUGGAGAGUUGUGAAGUGAUGCGCAAACACGCCAAUGGCUUCUUUCCACCAGUCCGAGCCUCAAACUUGGCAUCUGCUAGUAUGGGCGACACUUCGAUCAGCAGUGGCGCAUAGCCUUUUAGUCACAUUCGGCGACAAUCGCAAACCGCGCAAGAGCGCGGCUUAUGACAAUUUAGGAAGGGAAGCUUGUAGACGCCGCCGGCGAAGCCACCUGACGGGCGUUUGCUCCUGGAACAGGGAGGAUCGCACACGAAUGCGCCAGCUUUGAGCGAGACCUGUAUG